AUGUCUAGUCAAGCAAAUGUCGAGAGCAAUAGUAAAAUUAAGAGGGUAGUUAAAAAAAAGAAAGAAAAACUUAGGCUCCUGGAGUUCGACAUUGUUACUUCCAAGGCUAAAAGAACUGGCUCCGCAAGAUCAAAAACUAACGGCCACAUUCGUUUAAGUGACGGGAAUUAUCUUUGCAAGAGAAAUUUCUUUUUUUAUUUGAUAAAGGAGGGAAAUCACGUGAUUUGGAAGGCUAAGAACCACCAUGAAUACAUCAAAAGAUUAUUUGUAUCUUGUUCAGGAAAAGAUUACAUUGUAAUUCAGCUUUUUAAUGGUAAUUUUGUCGUAUUCAGGAAGUUAAUUGAUGAGAAAGUAUGGAGUGAGAUUACCUACAAACUUCCAGAUCUUACCAAGCUAAAAUUGUUAGAUGAGUCAGGAAACGAAGUAAAGGAGCAGGAAUUUAGCUAUGGUCUAAUCUCAACAGAUUUCAUAAUUACAUUUAAUUUCAAAUGUUCUGAGAUCAAGUAUGAUACUCAUACAGUAUGGAAGUUAGAAGAUUCUGAAGAAUUCCCAGAAGCUUUAACAAUCAGUCUAAAAUACCAGUCAAUUUUACUUUUGUUCAAAAAUGACAAGAAAACUGAAAUUGACAUCUUAAGUCUAGUUGAAAAAACCUAA